AUGGAUACUUAUGUGGUGUGGAGGCCGGGGGCUGCACCGCCAGCGCCGAGCGGGUCGCAGGGCGAAGUCCCGAGCGCCGCGCGAAGCCCCAGCGCUCCACCACCGCCGCCGCCACCAGUGUGGACCCCCGCCGCAUCCCCGCAAGCGCCGCGCAAGACCUUCCGCCCCGUUCACCUCGAGGACACUCCACCAGCACGGCGCAAAUUCACGGGCGCCGAGCAAAACGGCUGCACAAGCGGUUCGGAUAGCGAGGGCCGCCUAAGGACCUCCCAGAGUGCCCCUGCCACCGGUCUGAGUGCCAUAGGAGGAACAUCUUCAACCCGGCUGCCGAAAGCUCAACAUCCUACAGUCACAUUGCUGCAAAAAGCAAGAGAAAAUCAACUAUCACGGGCGACGAGUAAUAAUAUUCACGAGAGAGACCCUCGACUGCCUCGAGACAGGCCCUCUCCACCGAUUGGCGACCCAGUACAUGCGUUGCGAAAGGGAUACCUAAGCGAAGGGGAGGCUGAGAGAAGCGACUACGCUCAAGGUGUCGGCCGUAAAAUGGCCGAUGUCAACAAGAAAGUAGAAGGAAUCGGACCCACUACCAAAGACGGAAUGCCCGUGACGCUUAGAUCUGAAGUUAAAGAUCCAUCGAGAUGGUACAAAAAAAUGUACGACACGAUCCACAAGAACAAAUUCGACGACGAUUAUGUGACUAUUCGAUACAAAAAUCGUCAAGGUCAACCACCCUCCAGGGUGUCGAGCAGUAAGUCCCAGUACGCGUACUUCGACCCUCGCUCUGGAUAUCUGAGCGAGCCCGAAGGUGGGCUCAGCCGACUUGGCUCCAGCACUUGGAGUGACGCAUACGACAGCGACGCUACCGCUGGCCCAAGAAGACGAACCGCCUCCGUACAGGAGGACAGAAGAGAUGACACCUUCUCGCCAUAUCUACCAAACAAUAAGUAUAGUACAUUAGCGUCAGCUAGAGCUAGCCAAGAAGUUUACAAAAACCAACCGGGAAGAAUAGAAAACUACGUACCUGGAAAGUCUUCCGUAGUUGAUAAGGAAGCCAAACAGUGGUGGGACGAGGUCAUGGACAUUUUUGAUGGGCAAAAUAUAUCAAGCACUACGUCUCUACCACAAACAUCGCCAAAGGAUAAAAAGGACAUGACAUCAACGAUAUUAUCUAAAUCAAAUAUGGCGAGAGCCUUGAAAGAAUCCGGAUAUGAGUCGGACUCGACUCUUGUAUUCCGCCGCCGGGAAGAAACUGAUGCCCCCCUCUCACCAGCCGAAAGGAGGGCUGCAUACAGAGACCUCCAGGCGGGAGGGGAACCCCCUCUCAGAGGUUUCCGCUCGCCUGCUCCUCCUAGACAAGAGACCGAUUCAGCCCCAGAGCCGCCCCGCAGAAUAGCCGGAAGUUAUUCAGAUACAGGCAAAGAUAAAGGCAACGGUGAAAUUAUUUUAAAAAGUAGAGUUGACGACGCGUGUAAUGAGCUAAAACGUCACACAAUACAUGACGUCAACGAAUGGAUUAAUAGGACGAAUGUUUAUCCAGAUGUCUACGCGCCUCUUCCGUAUAAAUCGCCCAGCCGCCGGUACGUGGAGAGCGACGUGAACAUCCACUACCGAUGCCCGGUGCGCCACGACCCCCUGCCGCUCGUGCCAGAGCGGGAACUCGCGCGGCAGCAGGCGGAACACAUGAAGAGGCUGUACCGGGAACAGAAGAGGAACAAAUACCUGCAGGAGCUUCAAGAUAUGCAGAACAGGAGACACCAGGACAACUUCAUGCCAUCCCAGAAGACAGUAGUCCCGCUGAACCGGUACGAUGACGCAGAGAAACUGAUCGCAAGAGCGUUAUACGCUUUUAAUGGACAGACGACCCGCGAACUGAGCUUCAAAAAAGGCGAUCUGAUAAACAUUCGACGUCAGAUCGACUCGAAUUGGUAUGAAGGCGAAGUGCACGGAAGAAUCGGUCUCUUCCCUUACAAUUACGUUGAGAUUCUAAAGGGCGACUAUGCCCAUUCGCCAAAGAAGCCGGUGACUAUGGAGGGUCAGGCUCGCGCCAAGUUCGACUUCACGGCGCAGACAAACCUGGAGCUUCCCUUAAAGAAGGGCGAGGUGGUGGUGCUCACGAGGCGCAUCGACCACAACUGGUGGGAGGGAAGGAAUGGCACGAGGACCGGUAUCUUCCCGGACAGCUACGUGACCGUGUUGCAAGAACCCAGUCAGAUCAACCCACCUCCUCCGGUGACGUCGAGCGUUGACAAGCCGGCGGCUGCGCCGGCGGCACACGGCCUGGUGAAUGGGGCAGCACGUCGUGGUCUCCAACAGCACAGUUACGUCCCGCAGCACAACAGUCCAGCCCUGGCGAAUGCACCGCCCGCGACCGCGCCACUGCCCGGUUACGGAGCGAAGGCGCAGUCAAGUACGACGGAGCGCGGCUACGGGCCCCCACGAUCGGCGGGCACAGACCUUAACAACGCAGAACCUCUCUACGUGGACACCAAUGCGGAGGCCGUGCCAUACCGAGCUAUGUACAAAUACCGACCUCAGAACCCGGACGAGCUGGAAUUGCAGGAGGGCGACACGGUGUACGUUCUGGAGAAAUGCGACGACGGCUGGUACGUCGGCUCCAGCCAGCGGACGGGACGCUUCGGCACCUUCCCCGGUAACUACGUGGAGCGCAUC